AGGAGAGAGAGAAAGGAGCCAGCCAUGAAUUCUUUCCAGAAAAAUGAGUCCAAGGAAACUCUUUUUUCACCUGUCUCCAUUGAAGACGUACCACCUCGACCUCCCAGCCCUCCAAAGAAGCCAUCUCCGAAAAUCUGUGGCUCCAACUAUCCACUGAGCAUUGCCUUCAUUGUGGUGAAUGAAUUCUGCGAGCGCUUUUCCUAUUAUGGAAUGAAAGGUAAUUUUGUGUCCAAGAGUCCUACCUACUGUCUCCCACUCACCCUCACCCCAUGUUUCUCUCUCAACAGGACAAUCAUCUAUCUCUCCUUGGUGUAUGUGCUUGGCCAUGUGAUCAAGUCCUUGGGUGCCUUACCAAUACUGGGAGGACAAGUGGUACACACAGUCCUAUCAUUAGUCGGCCUGAGUCUGAUAGCUUUGGGGACAGGAGGCAUCAAACCCUGUGUGGCAGCUUUUGGUGGAGACCAGUUUGAAGAAAAACAUGCAGAGGAACGGACUAGAUACUUCUCAGUCUUCUACCUGUCCAUCAAUGCAGGGAGCUUGAUUUCUACAUUUAUCACACCCAUGCUGAGAGGAGAUGUGCAGUGUUUUGGGGAAGACUGCUAUGCAUUGGCCUUUGGAGUUCCAGGAUUGCUCAUGGUAAUUGCACUUGUUGUGUUUGCAAUGGGAAGCAAAAUAUACAAUAAACCACCCCCUGAAGGAAACAUAGUGGCUCAAGUUUUCAAAUGUAUCUGGUUUGCUAUUUCCAAUCGUUUCAAGAACCGUUCUGGAGACAUUCCAAAGCGACAGCACUGGCUAGACUGGGCAGCUGAGAAAUAUCCAAAGCAACUCAUUAUGGAUGUGAAGGCACUGACCAGGGUACUAUUCCUUUAUAUCCCAUUGCCCAUGUUCUGGGCUCUUUUGGAUCAGCAGGGUUCACGAUGGACUUUGCAAGCCAUCAGGAUGAAUGGGAAUUUGGGUUUUUUUGUGCUUCAGCCGGACCAGAUGCAGGUUCUAAAUCCCCUUCUGGUUCUUAUCUUCAUCCCAUUGUUUGACUUUGUCAUUUAUCGUCUGGUCUCCAAGUGUGGAAUUAACUUCUCAUCACUUAGGAAAAUGGCUGUUGGUAUGAUCCUAGCAUGCCUGGCAUUUGCAGUUGCGGCAGCUGUAGAGAUCAAAAUAAAUGAAAUGACCCCAGCCCAGCCAGGUCCCCAGGAGGUUUUCCUACAAGUCUUGAAUCUGGCAGAUGAUGAGGUGAAAGUGACAGUGGUAGGAAAUGAAAACAAUUCUCUGUUGAUAGAGUCCAUCAAAUCCUUUCAGAAAACACCACAGUAUUCCAAACUGCACCUGAAAACAAAAAGCCAGAAUUUUCACUUCCACCUGAAAUAUCACAAUUUGUCUCUCUACACUGAGCAUUCUGUGCAGGAGAAGAACUGGUACAGUCUUGUCAUUCGUGAAGAUGGGAACAGUAUCUCCAGCAUGAUGGUAAAGGACACAGAAAGCAAAACAACCAAUGGGAUGACAACCGUGAGGUUUGUUAACACUUUGCAUAAAGGUGUCAAUAUCUCCCUGAGUAAAGAUACCUCUCUCAAUGUUGGUGAAGACUAUGGUGUGUCUGCUUAUAGAACGGUGCAAAGAGGAGAAUACCCUGCAGUGCAUUGUAGAACAGAAGAUAAGAACUUUUCUCUGAAUUUGGGUCUACUAGACUUUGGUGCAGCAUAUCUGUUUGUUAUUACUAAUAACACCAAUCAGGGUCUUCAGGCCUGGAAGACUGAAGACAUUCCAGCCAACAAAAUGUCCAUUGCAUGGCAGCUACCACAAUAUGCCCUGGUUACAGCUGGGGAGGUCAUGUUCUCUGUCACAGGUCUUGAGUUUUCUUAUUCUCAGGCUCCCUCUAGCAUGAAAUCUGUACUCCAGGCAGCUUGGCUAUUGACAAUUGCAGUUGGGAAUAUCAUCGUGCUUGUUGUGGCACAGUUCAGUGGCCUGGUACAGUGGGCCGAAUUUAUUUUGUUUUCCUGCCUCCUGCUGGUGAUCUGCCUGAUCUUCUCCAUCAUGGGCUACUACUAUGUUCCUGUAAAGACAGAGGAUAUGCAGGGUCCAGGAGAUAAGCAGAUUCCUCACAUCCAAGGGAACAUGAUCAACCUAGAGACCAAGAAGACAAAACUCUGAUGACUCCCUGGAUUCUGUCCUGACCCCAAUUCCUGGCCCUGUCUUCAAGCAUUUUUUUUUCUUCUACUGGAUUAGACAAGAGAGAUAGCAGCAUAUCAGAGCUGAUCUCCUCCACCUUUCUGCAAUGACAGAAGUUCCAGGACUGGUUUUCCAGUACAUCUUUAAACAAGGCCCCUGAGAUUCUAUGUCUGCCUGUCUAUCAAUGAACUCAUUAAAACUUAUGCAGUGUUGCUGGAGCUGGCCUGGCGUCUCCAAAUGGCCAUGAAAAUACACAUGUAUAAUGGAGAUCAUUCUCUGUGGGUAUGCAAAGUUAUGAGAAUUCCUUUAUAGGUAACUGGCAUUUAGGACUGAUGGCCCUAAUUUUUGAGGUACUGAUUUAGAGGUAAAAUUGCAGAAUAACAAAGGAAUGGUAUUUCUAGAUUUUUUUUUUUUUGGAAGCAAUGUAAUUAUGCUAUUCACAGGGGCCUCAAGAAUUGCUAUGUAUGAUGUGAUCUGGUCCAGCCAGGGCCUAGUUUGUCAGCUAUCUAGGUUUGAUAAGACUUUAGUAAAUUUGUCAAUACAAAUCGUAGGAAGCAGAAUGUCAUUUUAUUAAAACACAGGAGAAGUUAUAUCUUUCUGAUUAUGAUAGUAUUUUAUUUGCUUAUCCAAACACUCCUUUCUCAGUAUGGAUAGAUCAUGGAAACCAGAUUAGAGAUAGUAAACAUUAGUAAACAUGGUUCUGGAGAACAGUAACAGGUGUAAGUUAUAGAAAUCCUGAAGAGCCAGUCAUUCUUUUACAGAGUACAUUCUUCUUAGCCUCUAUGGCACUGAACUGUGCCCUUCAGUGAACAGUUGUAGAAACAAUAAUUAUAAUUUGCAACUUUGUCUUAUCAACCUUGCUGACCCAGUUUUUUCUUAUUAUUACACCUUGUCUUGCUUAUUGCUGCAAAUAUUCAAUAACAACAAUGUUUCUAUAAGUCCAACUUCCUUUAUUAAUGUUUCCAUUUAGCCUCAAAAAUAGCAAAAUAGUAGUUCCUUUUUGAUGUUGCUUUCCUGAUUUACUUUUCCCAUGUUUUAAAUACCAUUUCUUCCUUGAAGCCUAGAAAUUUUCUUUUUAUUCAAAAAGAGUUACAUUAAUGCCUAGGUUUGAGCUCCUAAAAUGGAAAUUGUAGUCAAUAGAGGAGCAUGGUCCUAUAUGAGGUUCCUAUCAAAAUUUUUGGGAGUAGGGGUGGUAGAGCAUGAGGGUUUUGUUUGUGUAUGUGUGUGGUCAUGAAAAAAAUUGAGAAACAUUACCUCACACACAAUGAAUGAAUCAGAGGACAGACACGGAAAUGUCAUGACUGUGCAGUGUGUUACUAGGAAAAAAGUUCAGAAUCACUGUUCUAGAAAGCCUCAUUUCCAUUGGUUUUAAAACAUUAUUCUCAUGUAGAACAGUGUUGGGUCUCAUACUGUUAAUGUUACCGGGUAACAAUGUUAAUGUUAACAGGUACCUGUUAAUAUUAACAGAUAAUGUUACUGUUAACAGGUAAGAGAAAUUGCUCUAAGUGCCCAAGCUUUAUAUACUUCAGUUUUAAUGACAAGCAUUUCAGAAGUACAAGAGUGGCAGCAAGACCAACCCGUUUUUCCAGAUAUAUUGAUGUGAACCUGACCCUACUCCUUUAGAAGACAGCCUGUUCAUUUUUAAAUAGCUUUAACCCAAACUGUUCUAUGACCAUUGUUUCAAGAGACAUUAACACAGUUCUGUAAAUAGAAGUGUCUAUGGACAAAUAAGUUUGGGAAAUGUGGCAUACUGUAUCCUUUUCUUAACAUUUGCAUAUUAAAGACUCUGAGAUAUCCUGCAGUAAA